UCAGCUAAGAAUAUACAUCGUGUGUAGAACGAAGAUCAUUUCUUUCGCAAGUGAGAUGUCGAACUAUAAACAAAUAAUUUCCCUCUUGCCGUAGCAAAGUAGGGUAUGAGAAGUGUGUUCACGGAUGCGUGCGUGCAUGUCUGGUACAUAAACCGUGUCGAUCGUGUUUUCUUGGUGCAGGAAAAGAAUUUCCACUAGGUACCGGAUCGGAAAUAGUGUCAUGUUGAAAUCUCCAUUACACCAAAAGAGCAAUAAACCAAUCCUUUCCAUUCGACACUCGUCUACCCGUGAAGUGCGUCGAAGAUCAGGCAGAUAACGAUCGCCAUAGUAAAUGUUCGAUUAAAUUCCUCCCCUUCUCAUCAUGUUGCACCGAAUGAAGAAAGUGGAAAUGUCAUUUUAGGAUCGGAAAAUACAACUCAAGAAGAACGCAAAGCAGUCUUUCUCAAGACAGUCUUGCACACGACAGUAUCGUUUUAUGUUUUCUUAGCUCAUCCCUUUUUUAUUUGUGACGAUCUUACGAACAGCAACGCAAAGUGAAUGUGUGUGUGACGUUGUGCAUUUUGUGUAUCUUUUUAAACUUAUUUGUUGUGAUCAUCACGUUGCGUUGAUCGGUUUCUGUUUGGGCUUCCGGUUAUCUAAUUUUUCCACCAAAACAUCAGCAGCGGCCUCCGACAUGAAUCUUCGACAAGAUAGUCACACUGGCCACCCCGGGUGAUACGGUACCGCCCGUCUUGUGGCGUUCGCGACGAAAAGCCGGAUUGCACUUGCGCAGCAUAGAGGAGCCCCAGAGCAGAAUGCCCACCGAGCAGGGGGGCACAGUGGGGCUCGAUGCUACGUUGGGCUCUCGUGCUGGUGUCCCCCUGCCGCUACAGCUACCACCACACAGCAACCUCCACCAUCAUCACCCGCACCACAAUCUCCACCACGGUCACCAUCAUGCUAAUAGCAGCAGCAGUAGUAGUAGUCACCAUGCCCACAGCGCCUCCAACCAUCACCAUCACCACCAUCAUCAUCAUCACCAUCAGCAGCAACAGACGGGGACGCAGGGCAGUGGUGCGGCAGGAGCGCAAGGAGCUCCGCAGCAGGCCGGCGGGGCCGUUGUUGGGUAUGAUGCCGAGUUUGCCCGCAUGGAGUCGUGGCUGGACGAGAACCCAGAGUUCGUGCAGGAUUACUUCAUUCGCAAGGCGACCCGUAACAUGGUGGACGGAUGGCUCGUCUCGCACGCAACACCGGUGACCACGGCGGCCAACAGUGUGGACUCACCGACACAUGGCUCCAAUCAACCGAACUCGUCACGCGGCGGUUCUGGCGCGACAACACCCGUCAGGAAAAUAUCCGCUCACGAGUUUGAACGGGGUGGACUGCUAAAACCGAUCGUAAACACCAUUGAUGGUACGCCAACCUUCCUGAGCAUAAGCCCACAAAAUGAGUCCUCCGCUUCCGGUAGUAUCCAGUGUUGUCCGAAUGGUGUCGCGUACUGUGGGGCCAAUCUCCGACCACUUCGGCUAUCCCGUAACGAGCUGAAACAACUCGACGAACGGGAACUCAUAUUCGAGCUGGUGAAGGAUAUUUGCAACGAUCUCGACGUACGCUCGCUCUGUCACAAAAUCCUGCAAAAUGUGUCAAUUCUGCUGAAUGCCGAUCGUGGCUCCCUGUUCCUGGUGCAGGGCAAGAGCACCUGCGGUGGCGACAAUACCAAAAAAUGCUUAGUAUCGAAACUGUUUGAUGUAUGCUCCAACAGCACGCUUGAGGAGAUGGAGCAGCAGGACGAGGUAAAGGUGGCCUGGGGUACGGGCAUCGCUGGACACGUUGCCGAAAGUGGUGAACCUGUAAAUAUACCGGAUGCUUACCAGGAUGAACGUUUCAACCGGGAAAUCGAUGUACAAACUGGCUACCGUACAAAGGCGCUACUCUGCAUGCCAAUCAAGGAUGCGUCCGGAGACGUGGUUGGAGUCGCGCAAGUGAUAAACAAACAGGGUGAUCAGUGCUUUAGCACCGCCGAUGAGAAGAUAUUCUCGUCCUACCUGCAGUUCUGUGGUAUCGGGCUUCGGAAUGCGCAACUGUACGAAAAGUCACAGCUCGAGGUGAAGCGCAACCAGGUGCUGCUCGAUCUCGCCAGAAUGAUCUUCGAGGAGCAAAGCACCAUCGAGCAUAUGGUCUUUCGCAUUCUGACCCACAUGCAGAGCUUAAUACAAUGCCAAAGAGUGCAGAUCCUGCUGGUGCACGAAGCGUCAAAGGGUAGCUUUUCGCGAGUGUUCGACUUCGAAGCCAACGAUCUCAGCGGAGAUGACGGUGAUGCUCGCACGAGCCCGUUCGAGUCCCGCUUUCCGAUCAACGUCGGAAUUACUGGCUAUGUGGCAACAACUGGCGAGACUGUAAAUAUCUGCAAUGCGUACGAAAACGACAGGUUCGAUCCAAGUGUCGACGAAGGGCUCAACUUCCGCCACAAAACAAUUCUCUGCAUGGCGAUCAAGAAUUCAUUAAGUCAAAUUAUAGGUGUAAUACAGUUGAUCAACAAGUUCGAUGAUCUUACUUUUACCAAAAAUGAUGAGAACUUUGUCGAGGCGUUUGCCAUCUUCUGCGGUAUGGGCAUUCACAAUACGCACAUGUACGAGAAGGCAAUCAUUGCAAUGGCGAAGCAGAGCGUCACACUGGAAGUGUUGAGCUACCAUGCCUCAGCUACCAUCGAUGACGCGUACCGGUUACGGCAACUGAAAGUGCCAUCGUCGGCGUUCUUUAAGCUGCACGACUUCAAAUUCGACGAUCUGACACUGGACGACGACCACACGCUCAAGGCGUGCAUCCGAAUGUUCCUGGACCUGGAUCUGGUCGAGCGGUUUCACAUCGAGUACGAGGUGCUGUGUCGAUGGUUGCUGAGCGUAAAGAAGAACUACCGUAAUGUGACGUACCACAACUGGCGGCACGCAUUUAACGUGACGCAGAUGAUGUUUGCAAUCCUCACGUCGACGCAAUGGUGGAAGAUCUUUGGCGAGAUUGAGUGCCUUGCGCUGAUCAUAGCCUGCCUGUGCCACGAUCUGGAUCACCGUGGGACCAACAAUUCGUUCCAGAUCAAAGCCUCGUCACCGCUGGCUCAGCUCUACUCGACGUCCACGAUGGAACACCACCACUUCGACCAGUGUCUGAUGAUCAUUAACAGUCCCGGCAACCAAAUACUGUCCAAUAUGUCAUCGGAAGACUACAGUCGUGUGAUACGCGUACUGGAAGAUGCCAUCCUCUCCACUGAUCUAGCAGUUUAUUUCAGGAAACGUGGAGCAUUUUUGAAUUUAGUCGAACCGACCAUUGAAAUGAGUUCCUGGCAAGCGGAAGAACCACGAUCAUUGCUGCGCGCGAUGAGCAUGACCGUUUGCGAUCUGUCCGCCAUCACGAAACCGUGGGAGAUAGAGAAGCGUGUCGCCGAUCUGGUCAGCUCGGAGUUCUUCGAGCAGGGCGAUAUGGAGCGACAAGAGUUAAACAUCACACCUAUUGAUAUAAUGAAUCGAGAGAAGGAAGAUCAAUUGCCAAUGAUGCAAGUUGGCUUUAUAGACUCCAUCUGUAUACCUAUAUACGAGGCUUUUGCAACUUUAUCCGACAAACUGACCCCAUUGAUCGACGGUGUACUGGAGAACAAGAAGCACUGGAUCGAGGCGGCUCAAAGUGCAAAGGAUGCGUACGCAAACAAUAACAAUACGAGCGAAAACAAUAACAACAAUAAGAGCCGUUGUGCGGACCACACAGAGGACCACAGCGAGAGCGAAAGCGCUCGCAGCCCGCCCGGAUCACCAGCAAGUAAUGGAACCACGCGUAAGCUUUCCCUUGAACCUGAUUGUACUGAUAGUGGUCACCACCACAGUAUAGGUAGCCAAGAGUCCACCACUAAUAGUUGUAACAUAAAGGAGAAGAUCGUCGGCCGGUUAGGGGUUGAUCUCGCCUCAUCGCCACCGUACGCAGACAAACCGACAUCGUUUCUGGUGGUCGGUCAGAAGGGCAACGGAUGGGUGAACGGUGACAAGGUGCGACUCAUACGUCUGUCAUCAUCCGAUGGCAAAACGAGUGAACUACUGCUGGACGAACAGCUUCAACGGCAUCCAAUGGUGGACGAGGUGGACACUCUGCUGGACUAGAUGGGUGGAAAAACGCCCUCCGUGACUGUCUAAUGUCCUAACCCUGCUCCACUAAGACCAAAACGAUUGAUAAAUGUGAUUCGUCCUUUUGGUUAUUCCUCUUGGACCGCGAGAAAAACAAAACUCUGUAAAUUAGCCUAAUCCUGUCCAGCAUAUCCCAGGUAGCCUUGUUUUCUCAUUAAUUUUAGAUCGUUUCCCACUCUAUGACCUCUGCAAUUGUAUGUUAGUGGUAUGUUUUGUUUUGUUUUUAUUCUAUACCCGACCGCAAUGUCUCAACCAAUGGGAAAGCUAAUCUGCAAACGAAUUCUAUUUGUAUAACCAUUUCAAGCAUACGUUUGCGAAUGUGUAACACGCGUGAAGCUUUGAUUUAAAAUCGUACGCACACAUUAUAUUGUACUAUUCGUAAAGGUAUGUUGAGUGUAAAUAUUCUAGGUAAUUGUUUGUUAAUUGUUACACUUGUACGAUCAGGACUAGCAAAACCGGCACCCAAUCCCCUGAUAACUAGUUUCCCGACCCUCUGGGUGAUGCUAAUGCACAACUACUUGUAAUAUUCAGAUUAAUUGUUACGAUUACAGCCAGCCAACAACCAAUUUCUUACAGUAGAGUUCUAUUUUUAAACCGUACAUUUAGACGGGAACGAAACAAAAAAUAAGCGAGAAACCAUAACUUCAGCACUAGUCAGCAGAAUAAUUAUUUAAUGUUAACAUUUGGAGAGCUCGGUGUAUAGAAGGUGUACUCCCUUAACAAACAAGAAUCGCUGUGUGUACGUGUUUGAACGGCACACAACACAGCCUACGGCACGUAAUGAAAGAGAAAGCCAAAAACCGAAAGUCAAUGAUCUUGAAACAAAAAGGCAACAAGCAAGAAACCAUUGUGCACCGAUGUUCUAAUAUUAGUAAGGAAACAAUCCGGAAGGAGUAUUACUUGUUCUAUGGACCAUUAUAAUUAUGUACUUGUAUGAGAACAAACACGUGUUGUAGUUGUUCUGCGUAUUCGAGUCAACCUGCGUAACGUUCACUUUCUUUCUUUGCUCCCAUCUCACAACUGUGUCGUUUUGAAAGCGUGAUGACGAUUGGAUGUAAGUUUAGUGUCUCUGUAUGACUGUACGGCAGAAUCCUUCAUAGUAAUGACGUGAGGACAACGUGCGGGGUGUUUUUUUUAACAUUUCAAGAUGCACAACCAAUCAACCAACUGUUUCGUAGCAAUGGUAGUAAUUUAUUGUUAACAAUACCGAUGCCCCUUUACAAUCCCGAUAGUAGUAGUAAGUAACAUGGGAAACAUGUGUGAAUCGUCCCUAAACGUGAUGUUGAUCGUAUAACAUUUCUUCAAUGUGUCAUCAAUGUGUGGCCUCCACUCUCCCCUCCCUCCCUCCCUUCCCCAUCCAAAAUGAUUCGAUGUCGGUGUUGUGUAUAUUUGUGCGUGUGUGUGUUUAAAAUUGUUUUCCAAAUCGUUUAGAAAGCAGGCAAGGAAACACCUUCCUUUUAAUUAUAAUUUUGUCCUUGCUAUAAGCUCAUUGACUGGUUCAAAGUUGUUUACAAUUCUGCCUCGCAGAUGAAUCUAUCUUGUUUAAACAUACAAAAUUAUACUAUCAUACGCACACAAUAACACAAACACAAAACGAUUGAACCAUGCGAUUGCGAUUGUAAGCAAGCAACCAUUAUCUAGCAGAAAUGGCUUAUAAUAAAGUGUACUAUUUUUCUGAAGAU